AUGAUCCAGGUUUUCAUAAAAGCCCUUACAGGGAAGACCAUCACUCUCAGUCUUGAACCCUCAUAUACAAUAGAAAAUGUAAAGGCCAAGAUCUGGGAUGAGGAAGGAAUUCCUUCUGAUCAGCAAAGACUCAUUUUUGCUGGCAAGCAACUGGAAGGUGGACGUACUUUGUCUGACUACAAUAGUCAAAAGGAGUCCAUUCUUCAUCUUGUGUUAAGACUUCGUGGUGGUGCUAAGAAAAGGAAGAAGUCUUAUACCACUCCCAAGAAGAAUAAGAAUCAGAGAAGGAAGGUUAAGCUGGCUGUCCUGAAAUACUCUAAGGUGGAUGAGAACGGCAAAGUGAGUGGUCUUCGUCGAGAGUGUCCUUCAGAUGAGUGUGAUGCUGUAGGCUUUAUGACCAGCCACUUGGAUAGACAUUAUUGGGGCAAAUGCUGUUUAACUUACUGCUUCAAUAAACUAGAAGAUAAGUAA